AUGGAAGAAAAAUCUCUGGGUGGCAGCAAGUAUCUGCUGCUGAUCGUGGAUGAAGCCAGCGGAUGCAUGAAGGGUUUUUGUCUGCAUUCCAAGUCAGAGAGCGAAGAGUGCAUCAAGAAGUACAUCACGAUGAUACAGACGCAAUUCAACAAGAAGGUCAAAUUUGUGCGACACGAUGGAGCCCGCGAGUUUGCGACGAACUCGCUUCAAGAUUUCUACGAAGUCGAAGGCAUCGAGCAACAAACCACGGUGCCAUACGCACAUCAAGCCAAUGGAACUGCUGAACGCGCGAUUCGAACUAUCGUCACCAUCGGUCGUAGCAUGCUCCAUCAUGCCAAGUUGGACAAGUGCUUCUGGGCUGAAGCGGCAAUGACGGCCGUCUAUGUGAAGAACCGUUUGCCGUCACCCAAGAUUCCACACAAGACACCGUUCGAGAUUGUCUACAAUUCUAAGCCAAGUGUCAAGCACAUGCGCGUUUUUGGGUGCCAAGCAUACAUCUUGACCCCGAAGGAGAAACGACUCAAGUGGGAUCCCAAGGCCCGGGCUGGAUUGUUUUUGGGCUACGAAGAAGUGUCCAAGGCGUAUCGAGUUUACGACAUCGAAGCGGGGCAGGUGAUGAUAAGUCGCGAUGUCAACUUCGAUGAGUCGGCCUUUGGAAUGUCGAUGCUGAUUUCCGAUGACGAUGUUGAUGGCCUGGACUUCGAAUCGAUCGAUCUUGAUGAUGAAGAACCGCGUCCGAGACACUUCAAACAAACAGGAAAGCGCAAGGCCCAACCCAGUCACGACAAUGACGACGCAAGCAUGCCCCGAGCAGUGCGCCAACGACCCGGAUUGGAAGAGUCAAGUGCGCCGGAUGACCUCUCUUCACGUCGAGCCAACGAAGAUGAAGAAAGGAAGUCGGAGGAACAACAUGACACACGGACUUCCUCCGCGUUUUGGCAUGCGAGUGCAAACGCCGUCGAAUCAGCGGUCGAUUUUUCGGAGCCAUCGACAUUUGAAGAAGCAGUGUCUGGCCCGGACCAAGUACACUGGCGCAAGGCAAUUGAUGCGGAGCUCGAUUCGAUGAAGCUUCGCGGUGUCUUUCGUGCGGCCAAGUUAACCAACAGACAAAGCGCCAUUGGCACAAAGUGGGUCUUCAAGAUCAAGCGCAAGGCGGAUGGGUCGAUCGAGAAAUACAAGGCACGACUUGUGGCCAAGGGUUUUCGCCAAAAGUAUGGCAUCGACUACACGGAGACGUUCUCGCCCGUGGUCAAGUAUGUGACGCUGCGAAUGGUCAUCGCCAUUACCAAGCACUUUGGAUGGCCCCUCGACCAGCUCGAUGUGGUGACUGCGUUCCUGUAUGGAGUGAUGAAGGAGAAGGUGUUCUGCGCUGUUCCGGAAGGCGUCAAGAUGGAAGGUGAUUUCGACUGUCUCGAGCUGAUCAAGGCGAUCUACGGUCUCAAGCAAGCCUCGCGUGUUUGGAACGAGACCUUCGACGAGUUUAUUGAGGGUUACCGGUACAAUCCGAACCUAGCGCGUAGUUCUUACGAGAUAGUUUUUACAUCGGUAAUUACCUCAGAGAUGAUUAGACGCGUAGGAUGA